CUUCCACUUUCUUGACGACAGCUGAUUUACUUAUAGAAAAUGGCCGGGAGGUUGUUUAACUUAUUGGGCAAAGUUGGUAUAGGUCUGGCUGUUGCAGGUGGUGUAGCCAAUUCAGCUCUCUACAAUGUUGAUGGGGGUCACAGGGCUGUCAUAUUUGAUAGAUUUGCUGGGGUUAGACAAGAAGUUGUGGGUGAAGGAACUCACUUUAUAAUACCCUGGGUACAAAAACCAAUAAUAUUCGACAUCAGGUCACAACCACGAAGCGUUCCCUCUAUAACUGGCAGUAAAGAUUUACAAAAUGUAAACAUAACACUGCGUAUAUUAUAUCGACCCUUGGUAUCCAAGUUGCCCCAAAUAUACAUGAACCUUGGCAUUGAUUAUGACGAAAGGGUACUUCCAUCUAUUGUAAAUGAAGUGCUUAAAGCUGUUGUGGCUCAGUAUGAUGCCAGUGAACUGAUCACUCAAAGGGAGAUGGUAUCACAGAAGGUGACUGAGGAGUUAACGAACCGAGCUGCUCACUUUGGCGUCAUGCUGGAUGACAUAUCUAUUACUCAUUUAACAUUCGGUAGAGAAUUCACAGAGGCGGUUGAGAUGAAGCAAGUUGCCCAGCAGGAUGCUGAAAGAGCCAGAUACAUUGUAGAGAAGGAGGAGCAGUUAAAGCUAGCAGCCAUCAUUCGAGCUGAAGGUGACAGCAUAGCUGCUGAUCUGCUUGCUAAAGCCUUUGCAGAAUCUGGUGAGGGUCUUGUUGAAUUGAGAAAAAUUGAAGCAGCUGAGGACAUAGCUGCCCAAAUGUCUCAGUCAUCCAAUGUAGUCUACCUACCACAGGGACAGAAUACGCUGAUUGGGUUGCCUCAGUAAGAUAAGAGCAGCAGAGUUUACAGAUUCUGAAAUUGGUUUUGGAAGGGACUUCCUGAAAUAAUUUGUUUAUGAAUCUUCUAAGUUUUUUUUUUGUAAAAUUUAUAUGUUAGGCUGUUUUGUCAAUGUGGGUUUCUUUGCGCUCCGUUUAAAAUGUUGUAAAUGUGGCCCAUUUUAUAUGACAAACAAUUUACUUAAUUUUUGAAAACGAACUUUUGGUUCAUUUAUAGUUUUUAUUAACAUCAUGUUUAAAUGAUUAAAAA